CAUGUUAAUGCUAUGUGAUAAAUUCAAUAUUUAUAUAUAAAAGAAAUUUACACAAAAUUUAUUGUGUUUAUAUAAAAUGGAAGUACCAAAACAACGAAAGAAAAAAAGAGAAGAAAAAUCCAAGUUUUCUAUGGAACAACAGAUACCAGAUGUUCCAACAUUGGAAGAAUUUGAAUGUGUUCUCGAAGAAUCUCCUACAAAUUAUCCAAAAGGAGAAGGUGUUGAAAAUAUGGAAAGUGAAUUACAUUCUGCUGCAAUUGACACUGAACUCUAUGAAAAACAAUCAGUUCAAAUAAUUUCAGAAGAAACAGAAGGAUUACAAACUAUAAAUGACAAAACCAAAAUUAAUAAUGAAAUUGGAAAUAAUUUAACAUCAGCAUGGAAUAAUUUAAAUGAGAAAGUGGAAGAAGUUAUAACAUCGAUUUCUACAAUAGAUUUAGUAGAUACACUUGAUGGUUUUAAUAAUGGAAGUAUAACAACAAAUUUAUCUCAAGAUUCAAAUAUAUCAAAUUCAAAGAACUUUAUAUAUGAUAGACGAACAAAAAAUCAAUCAGAUUCUAUCAUAAAUCAAGUAGAUGAUAUACAUAUUUCUUUUAAAGAAAUUAUACCAUUUACAGAGAGCCAAUUAGCAUCAUUAUAUUUCAAUCAGGAAUUAGCAUGGAUUGAUAUGUUUAUUUCAGAAUUUGCGGAAAUACAACUUAGAAGUAAUGCAAUUAGACAGCAACAUAGAUUACAUGAGCUUUUAAUGAAUUAUCUUCGUGUAAGAAAUAAUUUAAUUAUCAAUUCUCAUGAAUUGGAAAUUUUAAAGAAAUCCUGUAGAGAAAUGCAAAAACAGUUAUGGUGUUUAGAUAAAGCUUGUAUUAGAGAAACAGGAGAAUGUCAAGAUGGAAAUCCUGUUGUUGCUACACAUGAAUAUUAUAUUGCACGUUUUAAUCAGCAGACACUAGCUGCAUUAACUCGAAAUUUAUCAACAAUAAAAGAUCUAUUACAUAAUACUCAAGCAUUAUAUUGUUAUGAAGCAGAAAUGUUAAAAUUUCAAAUUGAAUAUUAUAUUCAAAGAGUUUGCAUAUCUUGUAAAGAAUUUAUAAAUCUUCCUCAUAAUGCACCCGUAAAUUUAUUACCAAUACAUGUACCUUCUCAAACAAUUCCACAAUUAGUGGAAAUUAGAAUGUGUAUAACUAUAUUAUUCAAUUUUCAAAGAAAAUUAUUAAAAGAUGGUAAAUUUGUAACAGAUACUAGAGAAUGGCUUACACGAUUAAUAGCAAUCUUAUUGAGAGUAGCAACUUGGCAAGAUCAUUUAUUUAUAUUGAACCAUAUCUUGAGAUGUCCUGGUGGAGUAAUGAAUUGGGCUCGCAGUUAUGUUCAAACUCCAAUAUCACAACAACAUGGAAAAUUAGGCAUAUCUUCAUUAAAUGAUCCAUAUUUAGAUCAUAUAAUAGCUACAUUGGCUGUUAUUUUAUUACCCAUUAAGGAUAGAGAAAAAUUUCUCGAACAGGUACAACAAUCAUUACAAGAUACAAUAUGUAGUCCAGGUGAUACUGUUUGGGUAAUGUUGGAUGAAGAAGGAGAAGAAGAUGAAGAUAUUGCCAAUGUUGGUGCAAACUUAUUUGAAAGUGAUCUUAUUUCGUUAUUAAAUCAAAUUCCUUUUAGUAAAAUAUUUGAACAAGUAUUAUGUAUCCAAUAUCAAAAUGAUGAUUAUCAUCAAAAUAAAACUUAUAUUACACAUCAUCAUUUGUUCCGAAUGUUUGCAUUUUUUACAACUAUUAUUAGACUUUUAAAACAAGGCUUGAAAACAUAUGACUCUCCAAGAUAUAGACAAUUAACUAAACGAUUAAGUGCAUUAAUUAAAGAUAUUGUACAAUAUGCUAAUGAUCAAUGGGAGGAAUUUGAUAAAAAUCAGAUUAAUGAUGUAUCAAUAUUGAAAAAACUUCAACUUGAAUUUGAUUGUUUUUUUUUGAGAGCAGUUUUAUGUAUAUUUUCUUCACGUCGUUUAGGAGCAUGGCAAUAUUUAGCUUCUCUGCCAUAUGAUUUAAUAUCAUCUAAUACUCUAUGGCAAAUAUUUUAUAUUUUACAUACUGAUUGUACGCAAAUAGAUAUGCAUGUUUCUAAUAGAUCUACUCAUGAUUGGAUAAAUGAAUUAAAUUCUUCACAACUUUGUACAAAAUUUGAAGAAAAAUUAAGUAGUAUGCCAGGAGAUGAAUCAUAUUUUCUUUUAACAACUUUUGCUAAUAUGGCUUUAGCAAGAACUGAGCAGGAUUAUGAUUUUGUGAAAACAACAACAAUAGAUCUAUUUCAAAUUGGAUUUCUUAGUGAAAAAACACAAGAUUCUUGUUCAAAAGAUGCUCGAUCUCUUCUGUCAAAUUUAACAUAUAAAUAUCCUUCAUUACUAUCAGAUAUUUUACAAAAAUUACGAGAUAAUUUUGUAUCAGCUGGAAAGUUAAGUUUAUAUCUAUUUACUGAUUUAAAAUUAUACAAAUGGAUAUUACAAGAGAAAGAUAUAAUUAUUCUUUCUACAUGGUUACAUCAAUAUUCAUUGACAUCAACUGAGAAUCAUUUGGCCCGUUUAAUCCUUACUCACUUAAAUUGGGGAUUUGAUGAAAAUGAUAGUUUAUAUCUUCCUAUUGAUUUACAUAGACGUAUAGCAUUAUUAAUUGUUGAACUUACUAUGAAAUAUGUACCUGAUUCUUCUGUCCAAAAUACUUCUUUAUUAGUAGAAGGUGUUAAACAGAUGUCAACAAUAAUAAGGCCUCAAAAUGCUGAACAUAUUUUUUCAUUAUGGGCAUGGGAUAUGGUUUCUAAACUUAGAUUACAUCAACUCGAUCAAACUGAAGCACUUUGUCAUUAUGCACUUUUAAAUCCUACUGCAGCUUUUGCUCAUGUACCAGAUAUGGAUUCUGAUUUAAGUUUAGAAAUUUUAGUCACUGGUAUACGAGAAAAGCAACCUAUUGCAUGUUAUGUAGCAACACUUAUGACAUUAUGGGGCCAUUCUAUACCUUUGAUAUGUUUAAAAGGUUUUGGUCAAUUAGAAAUAUUACAAUAUCAUUGUAAAUAUGAACAAAUGCUUAUAUGUUUACAUCAUAUAAUACCAUUAUUUUUGGAAUGUGUUGACUCAUUACUUAAGAAUGAUAAAUUUAUUAGUCUUGUUAUUUCUCUAAUUAUGGCUGAUAGAUCUUAUAUGAAAGUGGCUAAAAGCCUUAUAACUCCUGAAUUUCCAGGAACAAUACUGAAACAAUUUUCAAAUAUGAUACAUUCACAUUUAUAUAAUUAUAAAAAAUAUCAUUUACAGACACCAAAAGAAUUUGUAUAUCUAUGGUUGAAUACAUUUAUACAUAUACCAGAUUGGAAUAAAGAUCAAAGUGUAUUAUAUUUAAUGGACAUAGUUAUUAGUGCUGCAUUUUUUCAUACAGAUGCAAAAGAAACAGUGGAGCAUAUGUUUCAGAAUCUUUUCUCUCUUGCCACAGAGGAAAUUAAUGAGAAUGCAUCUAAUCGUAAUGUGAUAACAUCAUUUGGAUCAUUUUUAAAUUGGGCAACUGGUUCUUCAAAUUCGAUUAGUCUUUUAGGAAAAUCUACUCAAUCAGUAUGGGUUGCUCAUCAAAUAUUAUUAACUGAACAAUAUAAUAGAGAAAUUAAAACUGGAUUAUGGCAUGAAAUUUUAAAGGAAUUAUCAGCACAACCUAAUAUAUCAUUAGAUACUGCUAUUAAGCGAGCUUGUGUAACUGUAAAAAUGCAACCAUUUGGAAUUAAUGGAUUAUCUAUAUAUCGUUGGUCACAACAAGCUCUAGAUACACCUAUAGGACAUCCUAUUCUUCCUCUUUUAUGGCAAAAUUUUUUUGCUUUAUUUCUUGCAAGAGUCCCAACAUUAUCAGGUGUCAUUGAUCAUGGGGGGAUUGGUGAAAAAUUUUUUGAGGGCAUGAUUAAUUUAAGUUAUUUAAAAAAAUUAAAAAAACGUUUACAUGAUACUACAACAUAUUUCCAAUUAAAAGGGGAAAAAGAUUUAGAUAAUGGAAAACCAAUCACUGAUGAUAAACGUUCAUUUUAUUUUAAUGUAGCAAAAUUUUAUAAAACUUUAAGUUUGUGGCUUGAAGAACCAAGAUUGCAUGAACCGGGUCUUUAUUUACCAGCUCUACCUCCACAAUAUAUGUCACAAAAAUUAGUUUUACUUGUUCAAGAUAACUGGACACCAUGGUUAGAAUAUAUUGAUUAUUCAGCCGUACAACAAAAUCAAAUGAUGGCUGUUCAAGAAUGGGAAUGUGCAUGUAAUAGAAAUCAAGAAACUUAUCAAAAAGGAAAAAAUGUAUCGACUUUACUUUCUGAAAAGAUUCCACCAUUACAAAGAAUAUUUAAACGAUUGACUACAUACGAAUAUUCUGUUUCACCUCCACCUUUAAAUUGCAAUCAAACAAUUUUUAAUUGUAUACCAAAAGAAAAUAUAUAUAAUUCAAAUUCAGUAAUUGAUCUCGUUAAACCAUAUCUUAAGAUAAUAUUAGAUUAUGCUCAGACAUAUAAUUUAAUGAUUUCUGAACAUACUGCAGUAGAUUCUAGCUUUUUGGAACUAGUGCCUACACUUUAUAAAGAGAAUGAGAAUCAAGUAACAUUGCAUGCAUUAUGUGAUCCAGCACCUCCAAAUCAGAAACACACUAGGUCAGGAACACCACCUACUGUGCAUUGUGCUGGUCCAGCAGUAAUUACAGUUAAAGUACUUGAAGCACACAUUAGUGAUGGUAUUGAUCAUAUGAUAACACAAAAUAGAGCUGAAUAUGAAAAUUUAUUAAUAAAAGCAAGUCAACCACCACCUAGUAAAGUUACUCAAGGAUGUCUUUUUAUUGAUCAUUUAAUUGCGAUGUUAGAACAUGAAAUAUUAAUAAAUCGAACUAAUGAAAACACUACGACAUUAUACAAAAUCCAAGAAAGUGGAGUUAAAUUAUUUUAUCAUCUUAUAAACUCUUAUACAGAAGAAGUAUCAUUAUGUCCACCAACAAAACAACUUAUUACUACUUGUCUAGAAAAAUUAGGGCAGUCAUUCAUUAAUGGAGAAGAAAGUCAAGGUCUACAAUUAUUAAAUACUAUUAUGCAAAAAUCAAAUCUAGGUGGUUUACUUGGACCUUAUUUUACACCUGUUGCUGGUAGUGCUUCAACAUUUUUACAAAUGUAUCAAACUGUUGUCGAAUUUUCAACAAGCACAAAUGUCGAUCUCUGUUUUGUAUUAUUAUCAAAAUUUGAUGUAGGAAUCUGGUUAAAUUAUAAGCGUCCAAGAUUAAGUGAACGAUCAACAUUCAUAGAUUUGAUAUCUAGAGCUCUUUGUAAUAUGGGUCUCAAUCCAGAAGAAACUAAAUUGAUAUUACAUGAGUUAUUUAGAAACCAUUUACGACUUAUAUUAUUACAUGAAUUUCCUGAACAUUAUGGCGAAGUUCUAAGUGUUGUAUUAAAAAGUAGUGAAAGUCAAAAUUUAUCACUAGAUGUUUGGCGUGAUUUGCUAGGAACCCUUAGUGGUAAAUCAAAAAAUGCUUUUUUGAGUAAUUCUAAAAUUAGAGAUAAUAUUCGUCAUUAUGCUACUGAACAAAAACUUCUUUCUCGACAAGAGGUACACGAUACAGCUAUAUUAUUAAGUAAACAUUUUAUGCAAGAACGUUUACAAUAUGGUCUUUAUGGAUUAUAUCCAAAAUAUAGAAUCUAUAAUGAUCCAUUAAGUACAUUCCUUGGCAUGAUAGGUCAUGCUCUUGUUGCACUUACACUACAAUCUGAUCGAGGUUCAUUAGGAGAUCAAUUGUGCGAGAAAAUAUGGCCUGUUUUAAGUGAAAUGUAUUCACCUUGGAUUACACCAUAUUGGACGCGAAAUUUGAAAGAACCAACUGCUGCAUGGAUUCAACAGCUUACAGAUGACCGAUCAGUUUUAUUACCAUGGAUUAUUGCAGAUGGUCCAUAUGCUAAUAAAUUUGUAGCAAUUUUUGUCGAAUGUAUUCGUUUCAUUAACGAUACUCUGCCAGCAUCUAGCAAAAUACUUUGUUUUGUCUGGCAAUUUUAUGUUACUAAUUUUGCACAUGCUUCAAUUAAAGAUCAUAUCUUAAAUGUUAUUCAUGGCAAUUUUCUAUCAUUACCAUGGGAUCGUUUUUAUCCAUGUAUAAAUGAUGUUGAAUUAAUGGUAAAAGUAAUUGAUCAGUAUUUGCCAGAUAGUCAUUUAUUCCUUGGAAGUGUAUUUACAUGUGUACAUUGGCCACUUUGGAUAAAUGAUAUAUUAGCAACACAGCCACCAACUAUUGUAGCAAGAAUGCACGUUUGUUUAUUAAAUUUAUUGGUAAAAUUAUCUAAUGAACCAAAUGUUAGACAGACUGAUAAAGUAAUUCAAUUAAUUAUGGAAGCUGAAAAAUUUUCUUGGCACUUGUUAGAUGCUAUUACAUAUGAUCAUAUAAUUAAUUGGCAUGUUAUGAGUUGUGAUUCAAGAGUUGUUCUCCAUGUUUGUAAUGAUCAAUGCCAUCCAAUAGAUAUUGCCAUACAUAAUUUGCUAAAGGUAGCAGCAGGCUAUGAUUCUUUGAUGAGCCAUUUUCAUCCAACUACAUUGAAAAAAAGACAACUUUAUAUAAGAUCUUCAAUAAAACUAUUAAUCACUUGUACAACUCGAUAUAAAUCUUUAGUAUCUACAAAUCCAAAAAUAUUUAACAAUACAUUAUCAAAAAUGUUAGAUGAUAUGGAAGCUGUUAUUAUAAACACUGUUUCAGAAUCACAACAAAUUCCAGAAGCAAGUUUAUUGAUUACUGAAUUGCUUCAUGCUAUAAAUCAAAAUGGAUUUCUUAUGGAACAUCUUCGUGUUAGUUGGACAAUGUGGCUUUCAAAAAGAACAGAUAGUAAUCCAAUUCUCAUGAGUAUACUUAAAGUCAUUGGAACAACUGUUACUUCACCAUCUAUAUUCGGAGAUUUAAUGGAGGCUGCAUUAGAAGCAUAUUUUAAAUUUAAUGCAUUUGAAGAAUUUUCACCAACUUGGGCUUCAGUCUUAACAAUUUUGCAAUCAAUAAUACCUCGACAACCACCAGUAGAAUCUUUCUUAGUUUCUGAAGGAAAGCUUCUUGCUUUGUACUUUAUUUUACUUAAGCGACUUCCAUUAUGUCAAGAUAUUAGAGAAGAAGGAGUGCUUCUCAUAAAUUUAGUUGACUGGAUCUCUGCUAUUAGGCCAACGAAUAUAAAUGAAGAAAAGUUGCCUCUCCUUUGGGCUAAAACAUGUGAAUUAGCAUAUAGACAAUGUCAAUAUAAUGAAAAUACUAGAAUAGCUGCUAGAGCUCUUAAAAGUUUAGCACGAUCAUUAUUAACAAUUGCUGAUGAUGGAGGACAAGGAUGGGGUAUAUUAGGAGCUAUUGGCCUUAAGAAAAAUUCCAAUCUUUCAAUGAGGUGCAAAUUUUUAAGUCGUGCAAUAGGGGUAUAUUGUUUAGCUCAAUUACCUGAAUCAAAAUCGGAACAUCAGAUGAUAAGAUUCACACCUCAUUCACCUGGAGUAGCAUUAUCAAAAAUAAGUGAACCAGAUAUAAUAGAAAUUCGUCCUAAUUCAGAAGCAAUUAAAGGUAUGCAAUCUUUAGAAGGACUUGUAUUAAACAAACAAUAUGUAACGCUUAAAGGAGAUAUAGAACGAUCUAUUAAAUUAAUUAGAGAUCCUGCUAAUUCUUUACAUAAUGCAACAAUAAUUAUAGGUAUAUUGACAACAGAGCUUUAUAAUCAAAGAUAUUUGCAUGUCUUAAUAGAUUAAUAUAAUUAUUUUUUUUGUAGUAUGAUCAGAAUGAUACAAUAAGUAAUUUUAUAUCUAUUAAUUU